AUAUAUUUUUGCAGCAAAAGAAAGCAUUCAAUGGAGUGAGAAUUGAUAAAGUGAAUUAGGGAUUAUAUAUAAAUAUAAUAUUUUCAAACUUCGAAGCAAAGACUUGGAGUUUAGGCUAAUAAAGGGAGAUGAGCCCUGCAAACAAGAAGCAAAAAGAGGUGAAUAUAAGUUAGAGAGAAAAAAAAAAAAAAAAAAAUAGGGAUGGGGGUCCAACUCCUAUUUCCCUUGAACCCUUUUUGUCUGCUUCCAAAAUGCAAAAUCACACACUCCAUUUACUCUCUCUCACUCUGUGCCACUCUGCAACUUUGAGAGACCGUCUCAGUGGUGAUUGAGUGUUAUUCUUCAUUGCACAUUAUGUACACGUCAAGUUUCCCCAUUUAGCUUUUUUCCCCACCAGAAGAACAAACCCAGAAGAAAAUUCCGCAGAUUUAUUGCAAAUUGCAAAGCUUUUCAAUGGAUUAUGAAAGGAUCCAGAAGCCUCAGGGUGGUGGAUUUUCGCCUGGGAAGUUGAGGAGCAUGCUAUUGGGAGUGGAGAAGCAGAGAAAGGAAGAGCAAGGCCUUGAAUCUACUUUUACAUUGAGAUCUCAACCUUUUGACGUUAAUGAUAAUGGUGGUAGUGGUUCUGAUAGCUGCAAAGAUGUAGAUGUUGUGAGUGUCCUUCCUGAAUGUUCGACUUCCUCUGCGCCUAACUUGUUAGGGUCAGAGAUGGUUGGUGAUCAUGUAUUGAAGGAUAACUCAUAUGUUAAUUCCAGAAUUAGGAAUCAAGAAGACCCUUCUUUAGAUUAUGAUAGUGGGCAUGAUGGGAUGAGUGUGUCCUCAUCAAUCUUUGAAUUUCAAAAGGCUGAGAGGGCUGCACAAAGACUGCCCCUGGCGCCAUUCUCGAAACCAGUGAGAUCCAAAUGGGAUGAUGCCCAGAAGUGGAUACAAAGUCCAACUUCUAAUCGACCAAAGACAGGGCAGACUCAUGGGCAGAAUGGGCUAGGAGUUGGUUCAAGAAAGGGGGCAAAUCCUGGUUAUGGAAGUCGGCAACCAUCGACGAAGGUGGUUGUUGAAGUUCCUGAUAAAAAUGUAGUUGCUUUUGAAGAACCAGAUACAAAACGAAUGGAUACAAAUCAAGCUAAAAUGGAAAGUUGGGGGCAGAAGGUUGUUAAUUGGGAGACCAACUCAUAUCCUACUGCAGAUUCAUAUGGAAAGCCUGUGCUUAUGAUUGAGAACUCUGUAGGAGAAUCAGCAAUUAAUCUCAGCCGUCAUGAUUCAUCUGUAGCCAUCCACAGUGCGAUGACAUUCAUUCCUCCACCUUCAACAGCUAGGUCAGUAUCAAUGAGAGAUAUGGGUACAGAAAUGACACCUAUUGCUAGCCAAGAGCCUUCCAGGACUGGAACUCCUGUGAGGGCAACAACGCCAAUCCGUAGCCCAAAUGGUUCAAGGCCAUCAACUCCUGGCAGAACUGCACCAGAAUCCUCUCGUGCGGAUCCAACUACUGACAACUUAAAUCCUAACAAUCAGUUGUCGGAAAAGGAGCUACAAGUGAAAACCAGGAGGGAAAUAAUGGCUCUGGGAACACAGCUUGGUAAAAUGAACAUUGCUGCCUGGGCUAGCAAGGAGGAAGAAGAUAAGGAUGCGUCUGCAUCAUUGAAAAAUGUAGCAGCAGAACAACAAGCUAAAAGUGUCAUCGAGACACGUGCAGCAGCAUGGGAAGAGGCAGAGAAAGCCAAGUACAUGGCCAGGUUCAAACGUGAAGAGAUGAAAAUUCAAGCAUGGGAGAAUCAUCAGAAAGCUAAGACAGAAGCUGAAAUGAGGAAAAUUGAGGUAGAGGUUGAAAGGAUGAGGGGGCGGGCACAUGAUAAGCUUAUGAAUAAGCUAGCAGCUGCAAGGCACAAGGCCGAAGAAAAACGAGCAGCUGCCGAAGCCAAGAGAAGCCAGCAAGCUGCAAAAACGGAGCAGCAAGCUGACUAUAUUCGGCGAACGGGGCGUAUCCCUUCUUCCUUCUACUGCUGGAAUUGGUGCUCCUGAAAUCUGCAUCCAUUUCUGCAGAAAUGGUUCAGUUGUUUCAUUGUCUAAAUCUUUGGUGGUGGCGCAUAAUAGCGUUUAUACAUGACCAUCUCCAAAUGUCCAGCUUUCUAAAGUCCUUGCCAUUUGAUGAUCUCCAAAUGAAAUGGAAGUACUUUCAAUACAAGUUUUUGAAUGAAAACUACUUUUUAAUGUACAGACCCUUUUUUAAAAAUUUUAUUCUAUUGAAUUUUUAUUUAUUUAUU